AUGGCUGCACGCGUCGACUCAACAACAAAGACGGAGGCCGACGUCCACCACCAAGAUGUCCGCGAGGCCGAGAAGCUGGGCGUCGAGGUCGAGGAGGUGGUCGUCACGCGCAUAUCGGAAGAAGACCUGAUGCGUAUCUCCAAGGAGUGCCUGGACAUGCACUCCCGGACCGGAUUUCAUAUCGUCUUGAUCACUCUGGUCAUGGGUUUCAAUAUGGCUGGUUACGGCGUUGACUGGGGUGUCAUCUCGGGCAUCAACUCCUACACGACCUUCCACGACUACUUUGGCUUCCCAAAUUCUGGUGUGAUUAUCGGUACCAUCAACGGUCUCAUGACUAUCGGCAACUUCGUUGGCGCCCCCUUCCUCGCGCUCGGAGAUGUCAUCGGCCGCAGAGGCAUCAACUUUCUGGGCAACUUCAUCGUGGUCGUUGCGGCUCUCGUUCAGGGCCUGGCGCCGAACCUGCCCGCUCUCAUGGUCGGCCGUUUCCUCCUCGGGUUUGGCAGCUCCAUGGCCUCGGCUCCGCAGUAUAUGGCUGAGAUCGCCCCGCUGCAUCUUCGUGGCCGCCUGGUUGGAUUUUUCGGCACCUGGUUCCAGGUAGGCUCGCUCAUCAUCAGCGGUGCCAUGGUCGGCUUUGCCAAGUGGAACAGCAACUACCAGUGGCGCACGCCUCUCCUCUUUGAGGCUUUCUUUCCGCUCCUGACUUGCAUUACCAUCUACUGGUGGUGCCCCGAGUCCCCUCGUUUCCUCAUCCUCAAGGGCCGUCGCGAGGAGGCCCGUCGCGUCAUUGCCAAAUACAUGACCACGAACAACGACGUCGAUGCGCCCAUCGUGCCGCUUGUGCUGCAGCAGAUGGAAGAGUCAAUCGAGUCCAGCCAGACAGGUGUGCGGUCAGCUUAUGACUUCCGCGUCUUCUUCACCAAGGCUGUACGGUACCGGACACUUGUGCUCGUGCUCUACUCCAUCUUCCAGCAGUGGAACGGCGGCGCCAUCAUCUCCUACUACCUGUCUCCCGCGCUCGACACCAUCGGCAUCACCGCCUCCCUCCCGCAGCUCGGCAUCAACCUCGGCUCGACCUGUACCUACUUCCUCUUCGAGUUCAUCGGGUCCUUCCUCGUCGACAUCUUCCGACGGCGCACGCUGAUCAUCACCGGACUGAUUACCUUCAUUGUCACGCAGACUCUCGUCACCAUUACCAGCUGGCAAUACUCCCUGUACCAAUCCCAUGCCACUGCCGUGCUGACCAUCGUCUGGGUGUUCAUCUACCAGAUGUGCUCGGCCGCCCUCAUCGCAACCAUGCACAACCUCUACCCAGUGGAGAUCCUCUCCCUCCCGCUCCGAGCCAAGGGCAUGGGCUUCUACAACAUGGUACAGGGCGCGGCCGGCGUGGUGCAGAACUACGGCAUCAGCGUGGGUAUCGAGAAGGUCGGGUACAAGAUCUGGGUCGUGUAUAUUGUGUACAACACGCUGCAGCUCAUCGCAGCGUACUUCAUCUUCCCCGAGACCAGCAAGCUGUCGCUCGAGGAGAUCGAUACCAUCUUUGAGACCCCUGGCACGCAUCCCGUCAAACUGAGUAAGAAGAUCAGCAAGGCCAAGAAGGAGAAGGCAAAGGCGGAUCGACAGGCGCUGGUGAGCGGUGGUGCUUGA